AAGAGUAAGGGACAAUGGGGUGUAGGACUUGCGAGAAACCAAAAGUGAAUUAUAGGAAGGGGCUUUGGUCACCUGAAGAAGAUCAAAGGCUUAGAAAUUAUGUUCUCAAGCAUGGCCAUGGAUGCUGGAGCUCAGUUCCGGUUAAUGCUGGCUUGCAGAGAAAUGGAAAGAGCUGCAGAUUAAGGUGGAUUAAUUACUUGAGGCCAGGACUGAAGCGAGGAAUGUUUUCUCACGACGAGGAGGAAAUAGUUAUGAAACUUCAUGUUACGCUAGGAAACAAAUGGUCACAAAUAGCAAUGCAUUUGCCAGGGAGAACCGACAACGAAGUGAAAAAUUACUGGAACUCCUAUCUCAAAAAGAGAGUCAAUCCUCAUGCAUCAUCAUCAAAAUCUAAAGACUCGACAAACCAAAAUAUUAACCAGAUAACAGCUUCUGAAUCUGUGGACUCGGGUCGGUCAGUUUCGGUCAAUACUGACCAGGGCUUAUCAAAAGGGACAUCUCAAACCUCUGCAUUGCCGAAGAUUAUAUUUGCUGACUGGCUGUCUACUGAUCAUGCCCUUGGUGCUUCGAGUUGCCAGUGGGAUUCAAAUCCACAAACCAAUCAAGGGUUUCAAGAGGGAAUUUUUCCCGUGCACGGGCAAUCUGGUGGUGAUUUUCUUCAUGGUUUCCUAGAUAGUAAUGUUUAUGGGGAGCUCCAGCUGCAGUUCCAGAAUGAAAGUCAGUUACAGGGAGGUGAAUUGUUUGAUCUUUUUUCCAUGGGUGAGAUUAGUGGUGAUUUGAAUGUAAACAAUGAUGUAAUUUAUUGAUUAUAUGAACAUUAUUGAUAUAUAUAUAUAUGAACAUAAUGAUGUAAUUUAUUGAUGUA